AUGGCAAAGCAAGAACAGAACUGUGAAGGAAGCUCAGUCGUCUCUGAUCUCAUCAACUUCCUCAACGCUUCUCCCACUGCUUUCCACGCCGUCGACGAGGCGAAGAAGCGCCUGCAAAACGCAGGGUACGAGCCAGUUUCAGAAAGAGAAGAUUGGAAAUUGGAAGCUGGUAAAAAGUAUUUCUUCACCAGGAACUACUCCACCAUUGUCGCUUUCGCAAUCGGUAAAAAAUAUGUUGCUGGAAACGGAUUCCAUAUAGUUGGUGCUCAUACUGAUAGUCCUUGUCUCAAAUUGAAACCCGUCUCCAAGGUAGCUAAAGGUGGGUACUUGGAAGUGGGUGUCCAAACCUAUGGAGGUGGCUUAUGGCAUACAUGGUUCGACCGUGACUUGACGAUUGCAGGAAGGGUGAUAGUAAGAGAAGAAAAAGAUGGCUCUGUUUCUUAUUCACAUAAACUUGUCAGAAUUGAGGAGCCCAUAAUGCGGAUCCCUACUCUGGCAAUUCACUUAGACAGGGAUGUCAAAGAUGCAUUUAAGGUGAAUACACAGAGUCAUCUUCUUCCUGUCUUGGCAACAUCAAUCAAGGCAGAGCUCAAUAAAGUGGUUGCUGAAAAUGGUCAGGCCGAUAGCGAUGCUCAGACUCAUGGAAAGAAAUCUAAUGAGAGAACCACCUCAAAUAACUCAAAGCAUCACUCACUUUUACUACAGCUACUUGCAGAUCAGCUUGGAUGUGAACCAGAACAUAUAAGCGAUUUUGAAUUGCAAGCAUGUGAUACUCAACCAAGCAUAGUAGCUGGUGCCACAAAAGAAUUUAUUUUCUCAGGAAGGCUUGAUAAUCUCUGCAUGUCAUUUUGUUCUCUAAAGGCAUUGAUAGAAUCUUCUGAAAGCAACCUUGAAGAUGAGACUGGUGUUAGAUUGGUGGCUUUGUUUGAUCAUGAGGAGGUUGGAUCUGAUUCCUCCCAGGGGGCUGGAUCUCCAGCCAUGUUAAAUACUCUUUCACGAAUUACAAACUCCUUUGCCGCAGAUUCUAAGCUGCUUGAGAAAGCAAUCCAGAGGAGCUUUCUUGUGUCUGCUGACAUGGCGCAUGCCUUACAUCCUAAUUACAUGGACAAACAUGAAGACAAUCAUCAGCCCAAGUUGCACGGGGGACUUGUGAUCAAACACAAUGCAAAUCAACGCUAUGCAACCAAUGCUGUCACUUCCUUAAUAUUCAGGGAGAUAGCAAGGAAUCAUAACCUGCCAGUCCAGGAUUUUGUGGUUCGUAAUGACAUGGCAUGUGGUUCAACCAUCGGUCCCAUUCUUGCAAGUGGAGUGGGAAUACGUACAGUUGAUGUAGGAGCACCGCAGCUGUCAAUGCACAGCAUACGAGAAAUGUGUGCUGUUGAUGAUGUGCGGUAUUCAUAUGAGCAUUUCAAAGCCUUUUUCCAGGAGUUCUCUCAUCUGGAUGAAAAGAUUAAAGUGGAUGCGUAG